AUGUCGGAAUGCUUGGCUAGUGCGGAACCUCGAGACGCUCAUGAGGCCCCGCGCUUCCUGCCGCACCACAGCCACUACCGCCUGGUCGUGUCUACCAGUGCCACAGCAGAAUCAAGCGAUGGAGGGGAGCUAGAGGAAGCUAAGAUUUCCAGGUGUGCUUUGCCAGCAUUGACGGCCGCGGAAGAGGUUCCCCCGCUGCGGCCAGAUCAGGUGGCGGAGAUUGAAGAGGAGCUAUUGAAGGUUGGAGGAAGCGAGCGCUUUCGGCGUCUCAGCCUCCAUCUUGGCGUCCAGGAGCGCCAGGUGCAGGUCUACUUUAGACUGUACGAAGACCAGGGCAAGCUCUUCAUCAGCCAUCUGAUCCCCGAGCGCGAGCGCUUGGAGUCCAUGCUUUUCAACCUGCAACCUACAAGGGCAGCAGUCGCCGAAGCCAUGGCCUUCUGCAUGCAGAAUGCCGCCGUGCAUGGUGCCAUGCUGGCACAGGUCUUGGUCGCCUCCCUUACGCUGCCGGGCCUGGCAUCAGCAAUGGUGUUGGCACGUCUUUUCCUGAUAAGUGAUGUUCUCUUCAACUCCAAGUGCUCUGCCAAAGGAGCUGCGAGAUAUCGGUCUCAGUUUGAGGAACUGUUGCCAGACGCGUUUGAGAAGAUGGGGCAGUGGUUACCGGGCCAGGACACGGCGGAGGCGGCUGCGCGCAGCAUGCUGGAUGCUUGGAGGAAGUGGGAUGUUUUCCCGUCAGUUUUCCUGGACGGCUUGGAGUCGCUGCUUUUGUCUCCAGUCCCAUCUUCCUUAGAGGCCUGCCUGGCCACGGAGGCGGAGGGCCUGCCGCUGCUGCGGCAGAAAAUGGAGCAAUGGGCAUCAGCGGAGCAUUGCUCACCCACCGAGGCACGGCAAGGGGCGCGCUGCCGUGGGUUGGCCGGCGCAAAGUUGCCAGUCGCGCGUUGCCGACUGCGCCUUUGCCACUGCGAACGGUACUGGCAUGGGCGCGUGCAGGUGCAAGAAGAAGCCACCGAGGAGGCGCCUCCGUCUGCAGAGUUGAUGGAUGUUGACGAUGCGCGCAGCAUCGAUGGUGAUCCAGCAGAUGGCGAGGAGGUGCCACCUGCGUUGUCCUGGCCAGUCCUUGGACUCACGGAGUGGCCUUUGGGCAUUGGCAUGGACCCAGGUGCUCUGCCAGACAUGUUUGAGCCCGUGUACGUACUGAAUUGUACACCGCCGCGGUCGGAUGGUGGUGUUGCGAAUGUCUACGAGAAGGAUCCAAAAUUCGAGUACUGCCGCGUCUCCCUGGGCGACAAUGCCACAGAGACGUUGCAGUCUCGAUUCGAGGCAAGCUGGGUCUUCUUGGAAAAGGCCCGCAUUCGCGAGGACGGCGCUGUCCUGAUUCACUGCCAACAGGGUGUCUCUCGCAGCGUGUCCAUGGCGAUGUCCUACAUGAUGAAGUACUACAGGAUCUGGGCACUUCACCUUCUGCAAGUUUGCUGGAUAGGGUCUUGUCCUUGUGUCACACUUUGGUAUCAUCUCCUGCAUUGA